AUGCACAUCACCUUCAACCCACCGCUCGCGCAGUCCACUUGUAUUCCCGCUGGCUCGAGAAAUCCUCUUAAGCUUCAUUUUACGGCUACCCUCCAUCAGCAAGUCGACUAUCGUGACUUUACUACCCGCGGGCUCAAGGUUCAACUCUGGUCUGACCUAAUUGACCCAGCAUGGGGAGCAGCUGAUUUCGUUCCCAUCCCCGAACACGACCCGGAGUCUUCCUCGCUGGUAACACGAGACUACACGGCGUCAGGCCGCUUCUCUCUUUCUUUGACCCUUCCAGCCAGUUCUGGAUCUCGCCAAUUCUCGUUUACAUAUCGCGUGCUCCAUCCUUCCGGACAGCUUGAAUGGCUUGGAGAAUAUGGUCAAAAUGGAACUCUGUUACUGGAAGAUGGUUUUUACAACCUGGAUAAUUCUUGGGUGCCAUCCGGCUCAGGCACAUCGAUGAAGCACGAGGCUGGCCUCCAAUCGAGUUCCGAGAUAGCAAAAGUGGACUCCUCGUAUGAGGUCGUAGGUGAUAGUACAGAGGUUCUCAUCUUGGUGCCUAAUCAAGCCUCGGUCGUCCGCACACCCAUCUUAGUCUUCGCAACAACGUCAGUUGGCUCUAUUUCGGUCGAUGCAAAUGGCACAGUUAGUGUCUCUGGAGACCCCAGUGUCGAGUUCACUUCAUGUGAGUCGAUAGAAGAACUGCAAGAUGCUCUAGUUUCUGCCCAUACCAGUUUUUUGCCAACUGCCGAUUCCAUAAUCCUCGGUUCAGCAACACGAGCCUACAUUCUUCCAACCAAUCUGUCACCAUCGCCACAGGAGGUCCGCGUGGCAGUUCGAGAUCUGGCUGCGAUUGCUCCGACGGCAUUGCCACUGUGCUUGUACUCCGAGCAACACCAGUUUGCUAAAUUCUUCGCGGCCGACGAGUCAGUUUCUUUUAUCGUUGACCCCACCGGUGGGUCCUUGACCUUGGUGCCCAUGUCGCGACAUAGCGAAGCAUGGCAUGCUGGAAUCGUCUCUCCCCAUUAUUCGUCUCCUACGGACACCCUUCCAACGCCACCACCGUCUCCUCGACUGCGUCCAUUGACCCACCGAAGGCCUUCUAACUCUCCAGACCCAUCUUUCUUGGAUCUUUCCGCCCCGGUCGCUGUUCCAGAAUUCACGCCACCAAAAGCCGUAAUGAGACCGCGGCCCAAUCUUUUGAUUUUACUUGGCUACACGAUCUUGGCGUUAGGCGCCUGGUUUGUGCGCUUGCUCUUCUGCUUGCCUCGUCGUCCAAAAGCUCUACCAGCGCCCCCUCGAUCUUCAAGAAUACCAGAUGAGCAAACGCCCCUUCUGAGCGACAGCGAGCCUCCAACUGUGCUGGUCGUUGAACCAGUCUUGAGGGCUAACGUUCCAGCAGGCAAAAUCAGUAUUCUGUUCUAUGGCAACGAAACACCAUUCCAUGUGCCGAUUCAACUGGAAGGCAACAACGUGGACCGCAACAUCCAUGAGAUGCCAGGGUCAUUCUAUUUGGUCGAAUUCUCAAGCAAAUCUGGCGGGAUGUUGAUAGUUGGCUGA